AUGAUCGCUGGAGAACGUAAUGAUACUGCGAUUAAAUAUGACGUUAAAGUGAAAAACGCGUGCAAAAGUUACGAUAAGAAAAAUAUGGUACUCAAUAAAUUGAACAUGAACGUAGCAUCCGGAUCUAUGUGAGUAUAUUCUUGAUUUUAACUGCACCAUAUUUUACAAUUGAGAAUAUACUCUAUCAACAUAGUGCACAAAAAUGUAUAUUUAUUAGAAUCCGCAUACUUGGAUAAAAAAACAAAUCUGUUGUUUUAUUUUUAAAUCGAUUAAGUGUAUUUUCCACAAGAACAAAAAUAUAAUUACCGAAGAAUUUAAUUAGGUAUAUCGACACAUAAGUGCACUUAUAAAAAUCCAAAUUAUUCGUAGCUUAUACCCUAUGAACUUAAUAAAUAUAUGUGUUUUUUAAACGUGAUGUGAUAAUAAUAAUUAAUUUCGGUUAUCAUUUCCGUACGAAAGUCAACGCAACUUCUGAAAUAUUGAUUUCGUUUUUGUUUUGAUGUAUACAUUUUUUAUAGUCGGAGCGGAGUGAGGGAUUUAUUGAUUUUACUAAGAUGUGUGUUUAUUUUGUUUUAUCUAUAAACAAAUUUUUGAACAGAAAACUUGUUUAAAACAAAAAAUAACAAGAUAUCAAUUUUUUAGAAUUUUGGAUGGGAAAAAAAUGACGAAUCGAAUGUAGAAAAAUAUUUACGGCGUGCCCAUGGCCAGCGGAAGGCACAGGCAACGCAGGCCUAUGUCUGGGGUGACAUUAUAUAAGAGGUGGAAUUUUCUAAGUUUACACAAGGCCGUAUUCAGGGUACAUUGGUCCCUAGGCCAUUUUGUGAAAACCAAAAAUAUCUCUCGAAAUAAUGAUGAAAAAAAAAAUUGUUUAAUUUGUUUUAUUUUAUUUUAUUUGAUUGUUUAAUUUUAAUAUUCUUAUCCGAAAAUUAACUAAAUUUAACCUCAAUUGAAACGGAAUACGUAAAUUAUUAUAUUAUAAAUUUCAUGUGAAAGUAAGUACAUUCUUUUACAAAAAAAAAUUGAAUUAACAAAGCACAAUCUUGCGAUUUGCCGAAAAAUUUCCUAAUAAUUUUAAAAAUCUGACGAUAAACUAUAAAAACCGAAAAUUCAAACCGGAGCGAAGGAUCUCUUGGUUUUACAAUAAUUUGUGUUUUUUUUUUUUGUAUUUUUGAUUCUGAAUAGAACGAGGAAUGUAUUAGUUUUACAGUGUAUUUUUUUUUUCAAUUUAAAGCACUUUUUCUGAAAGGAAAUCUGACUGGGGUGAUACUUUAGAAAGGUCAUCUUUUAUUUUUCCACGAUUUUUCCCAAUAAAUGUUGAAAACCGGGAAAAUGUACAAAAUGAAAGUAAUAGUAAAAAAAUUGAACAGCUUUUUGUUUUCUGUGAACAAGUUUUCUACUAGCAAUUUUGUUCUAAUUUCAAUUAUACACACUUUUUCUGAUAAUAAAUUUGAAAAAACAUGGGCAAAUCGUUAUACAAUUAUUAUUAAAGAAAAUAUAUUAUGUGAUAUGUAAUUAUUUUAUCAUAAUAUGACAUAUAUAUUGUUAACAAAGGAUUGUUAUAAAUCUUUUUUUUUCUUCUAGCUUUAUCAUUAUAGAGUCAGUAGAACCAAAACAUACUGAUCGUAGUAUACUUGUGUAACAGUUACACGAGUACUGUAAUUUUGAAAAUCAAGUUAUGAGUGGCAUACAAUGUACAAAUGUUAAAAUUAGGAUUAAAAAUAUUUAUUAAUAAAAUAAUAAUUGUUUGUACCAUUCUGAAGUCGGUAGGACCAAAAUAUACCGAUAGCGAUACUGGUGUAACCAGUGCCAUUUUAUACUUGAUUUUCCCCAGUUUUGAGUGGUGUACGUGUACAUAUAUUGAAAUUAAAAUUACAAAUAGUUAAAAAUAAAAUAAAAAUCGUUAGACUAAUUUUUGAGUACAAGAUUUGAUUGAUGGUACUGAGAUUACUUUAUGUAAGGCCGUAAUAUUUACGAUUUUCAUCAAAAGCGUAUCUUAGAACAAUUUAAAAAAAAAAAAAAUACUGCAUUACAAUAUACUUUUUUUCGUUUCACCAUUAAUUACAACUUAUAAUGAACCUUCUGUUAUAUUUUGAAGCAUUUUUGUUUACUAAAAUAAUUAUAUUCACUCAAUACCUAUCAAAUUAAAAUUACGAAAAAAAAAUCGCAAAAUUUAAAUGUUUAUAAAUAGCUUUACAAAAAAAUUGCUUAAGUGUUUUAUCACAUCUAAAAAAAAUAAGUAUAAGUUUUCUGUCAAAAUUUUAAGUUAUUUUUAACGUAGUUCCAACAAAAAAACAAAAUUGAAAAUAAUAAAAGUAAUAUGUUCCUAAGUUCAAUGGCGUAUCCAAGGGGGCUUAUGAGUUGUAACCCCUAACCCCCUAGUAAAAAAUCUAUGUGCAACUCGAUGGGUCGAUCGCCAUGAUGCAGUUAUAUUAUUUGAAGAACUUCAAAAAGCCAUUUUACAUGCACUAGAAAAAAUUACACUUUGGACAAAUUCUGACACAUCUAGUUCUGCAAGUCAUCUUGCUGCGAUAAAACAGUUAAAAUUUCAAACAGCUUUAUCAAUUUUAGUGAAAAUACUUUCCAUAAGUUUUCCACUUGGCCGAGAUCUUCAAAUAGUAAAUCUUGAAAACUGCAUUGAAACUGCUAAUGUUCAAAAUAACAUUCAUGAUAUUAGAGAAAAUUGUGAUGUAUAGUUUCAACAAUUAUUUUUAUCCGUAAUAACUGUCUGGGAAAAAUUUGAUAUUACUAUUAGUUUGUCAUGUCAACCUAAAUUAGAUGAUUCAGAAUAUUUUUUUAAGUAUUCAUACCUUUUAUAAAUAAUUGUUCAGACCAAUUGAACGAAAGAUUUAAAUCGCACAUGAUUGUUUUGGAAAAUUUUGAUUGUAUUUUACCUAAGGUAGAAAUGAAAAUAUCUGAAGAUAUUAAAGUUGAAUUCAAACAAUUAGUAGAAACAUAUCAAGAUGUAAUAGAUGAAUGCAACUAUUUAAAUUUAAAUGAUCGUGUAUUAAACGGAGAAUUAGAUUUGUGGUACAUUAAAUAAUCAAAUUUAACCCCUCCCGAACUCAAAAACAAAAAUGCUAUUGAAGUAUACUUCCAAUCUAAUCCAGAUGUUUAUCCAGUAAUAUCUAAACUUCUUCAAAUAUUCGUAACACUUCCAGUGUCUAUUGCCAUGGGAGAACGAUUUUUUUCAACACUCCGUCGUUUGAAAACAUAUUUGAGAAAUUCAUCGGGACAAAUACGUUUAAAUGGUUUAGCCUUACUACAAUAAAUUCAUCGUGAUAUCAACGUGGAUAUCAAUGAUAUUAUAGAUGAACUUGCUAAAACAUCAAAACGAAAAAUUAAUAUACAUUUAUAAUUUUUAAAAAGAUAAAUAUUUCAACUUUUAUAUAAUUAGUGCUGUAAAUAGUUAUAAAAUGUUUAAUAUAUGAUUAUAAUACGCACAAAAACUUCAAAAUAAUUUCAUUUGUUUUAUUUUUUUCAACCUCCCCUCCCCCAAAAAAAAAAAAAAAAACUGGAUACGCCAUUACCUAAAUUAUCCCGUUAUUUAUACUGUUUUUUUCUGUAUGCUCAAUUAUAAAAAGAGAUACAGGAAAAAUCAAAAAAUGAUUUUGUUACUCAACAACAAUAUUAAAAAUUUAGCAAAAAAAGCCUGUGGUUUUUUUUUUUAAUUUGAGCGAUAUUCCUAGUAGAAAACAUAAAAUGUACUCAUUAAAUAUAAUGAAAUCAUAACGCCGUAAGUUUGUCAGAUUUAAUUUUACUUUUUUAAAUGUUUAAAAAUUAUCGAGAAAAUUAAAAAACUAAUUUCUUUGUAAAUGUCUAGAUUCAAAAUUUAAUAAAAAAAGGUCUCUUGUUGUUUUACUAACUGAGCAAUAUCUCUGAUUAACACACAAUUGUUUUAAACUUAUUAAUAAAUUUAAAAAAAGUUAAUUGUUUUUUCUCAUAUUAUUUUCUUUAUUAUUUACUAACUUAAAAGUUAAAACUAUAAUAUAGUGUUCACUGUUUAAUGUUUAUAAAUACAGUAUUUCUAUACAUGUCUUUUAUAUAGUUAUGAAAGUUUUCGUUACUUAAAAUAAAAUAACAAUGGUUAUACUUAGCUAAUAAGCUAUAAAUAAUAACACACUAAUACUUAGAAGUUAAAAGUACAUUAGUUGUUUUAUUAAUUCAAACCUUGUAUACACAAUAACACUCAUAUACUAUUGGUGUGCAUUCAUGUGUGUGUAAAAGAUGAAAAUCAAUCAACAAAUCUAAACAUUAACUAAAAUUCUUUAAUUUAAAAUUUAAUUCGUUGAUUCAAAAAGAAUUAAGUUAAGUCAAUAGUAAAGUUAAUGAAAACACAAAUUAUAUUACAUUUUUAACUCGUAUUAAUGGAGAGCCUUGCUACCAAACUAAUUAAUCAAUGCAGAGUUACAAAAUGUUUUUAUCGAAAUUUUUUUUUCCAAUAGCUAUGGCCUUUUGGGACCGAGCGGCUGUGGUAAAUCGACACUUUUUCAGUGUAUUUUGAGAACAUUGCCGUUAGACUCCGGAAAUAUCGAUUUUGACGCAAAAAGUUUAAAUGACGUUGGAUACAUGCCACAAGUAUACACUUAAAAUAUAAAUCGAUAUUGUUUAACUAUCGUCACAUCUUUGCGAUAUACUUUUUAAGGAUAUAUGUAUGGACACUAAUUUGACGAUUAAGGAAACUAUUGAGUACUAUGGAACACUUUAUACAAUGAGCAAGACACAUAUUGCGAAAAGAAUAGACGAACUUACGCAAUUUCUGAAAUUACCGGAUUUGAAUAGUUUCAUAAGCGAUUUAAGGUACAAUCUAUUUGAAUUUUAUAAACAAACAAUAAUAAUCAUAAAUUCUGAUCAAUACUCGGAUUUAAAAUUUGAACGUUUACUAUACGUACUUUGAUUUUUGUAAACGAUCUGAUAGAGAAUUAAAUUUGGCUAAACGAUAAACGAGAAUUAUCGACAUAAUUCUCAAUUGCUAUUUAUUCAACAAUAAAGUUNGUUUAACUGUUUUGUAAUAUUAUAUUAUGUCCAACAAUGUUAAAUAUUAGAAUUUGGAAGGAGUUUUCGAAGAUGGUCAAACAACAAAAAAAGACCAUCAUUAUAACAACACAUUAUAUCGAAGAAGCAAAUGAAGCCGACUGCGUGAGUAUUUUCUAUAUUUUCUAUAUAUUUGCUAUCGUAAUAUUUUAUAUUAAUUUUUAAACGAGAUAUAAGCAUUCAUAUUUCACACAGCUAUGUUUCGCUUAAAAUUUUAAAUUACGAAGAAAAAAACGACGAUGUAAUACAAAUAAUGUUCUUAUCUGAAAGUUUGAUAACCAGUUAAUUCACUCUUAUAUUAAAGCUAACAGCACAGAGUAAAGUUAUUCCUGCUAAAAAAACAUUUGCUAUUUCACGUGGUUAUAUGAUGGAAUGGCGUACUCUAAUUUCGUCUAUCAUAUAAACUAUUUUACAAACGAUGGCGUAUUACAGUUACAGGUUUCUGAUUUAUUGUAAUAAUAUCGUAGUAUAAAAUCUAUUUUGUUUCGCGUAAGUGCUGCAGUGAUAGCUAUAAUAUCAUAAUACUAGGUUGUUUAAUAAUAUUAUAUUUUGAAUUCGAAACGGUUGGUCCAUUAAAAGAAGUUACCGUUUUCAUUGUUUUUAAUUUAUACAAACUAUGUUUCCUACUGGAUAUAUUGCUCCAAUUGAAAAAUGACAAGUGAUUUGAUAUUAGCCAUUGACAGAGAAAAUCAUUAUUGAUUUCUAAAAUAGUUUUCAUAAUAAUUGAGAAAACUGAAAAAAGACGCAAGAUACGAUUUUUUCAUAUUACGGCGCAACCAUUUCAUUAUUUAAAAUCGUUAAGACUUUAUUUUUCCACCAGAAAUCUCCGUCCAUAUUCCAUAUUAAUUACUGAAAGAUUAUUAUUUUAAAGAUAAAUUAUUUUCUGAAAGAAAAUGUUAUCUCGUUUGUGAGGAAGGAAGUCGUUGUGUGAUUUUCCGUACAGUUUCUCAAAUAAUUACGAAAAAAAAGUAGGAAAUACGGCAUAUAGUGUGCGGCAUUUAGGUUUUCUUGUUGUUAUUCGAUUAAAAAUCAUUGUUGGAACUAUAGCUUUCAAAAAAUACUUAUAUUGGCUUUUUGUAGACAUGGUAAAAUGUUCAAAAAAUGUUAACUGUUUUUAGGCUAUUUAUAGGUAUUUGAUAUUUUGUAUUUUAAUAAAUAUUUUUACGUGGUUACAGGUAUAUAUUAUUAAAAUUAUAUGACUUUUUAAAAAUACUUGAAAAUUUAUCACACGAUACUGAGAAAGAUCGCUAUUUGUGUUUGCAGGAAUGAACAAAAUGUAAAUUUUGAUAAAACAAUCUUUUUUUAUUUUACAUACAAUUUUCAAAUAUUUUACAAUUUGGGUACUUAUAGUAAUGCAAAAUUUAAAUUUGGGUUUUAUUAAAAACGAAUAAUAGCAAUAUAACGGGUGUUAUAGGAGUAUACAUAGGGUGGGUGAAAAAUAAUGUCCGGAACAAUAUAUAUAUAUAUAUAAACCAUUCAUAUAACAAAUAAAUAUAUACAGAUAUUUUAAUUUUACAUGGUUUACAACAUAAAUUGAAAAAUAUAAAUCCUGAUUUUUUUUGCAUAAUGAUUAGUUUGUUUGCUACCAAUGCCAUCUAGUGGUGAGGUUGUACAACCGGAUGAAUCUGAAAUGGUACCACGAGGAUCAUAAGGAGCACACGUGUUUUGUUACAAUAUUUAGUGAUUUACAAAACAAAUUUGAGUUUGAUGCAUUAGGUUUUUUUUUUCAAAGGCGUUUUGAGAUUCAAAUUUGACGAACAUCUUAAUAAUUACAGCAUUUCAAUUUGUUUCUUAUCAAACUUCACUUCGAUUCGAUAUUCGUUAGUAAUGGCUUAUCUUUGCUUAUAAACAUUAAUUAAUAGACUUUAUGUAUCCUACCUUCCCAACUUCCUUCAUAAAAUAGUGGCUGCACCCGUCCCCAGUAACAGAUCAUUUGUCUUUAUUUUUUGUUUCCAUAAAUUCCCUUCGAAUAAAUACGAAUUUUUCAUAAGACGAACGUCGAAAUGUCUGUUAAAAUCGAUUAAAUUAUAUAUAAUGGACUAAUAUGGAUUGUAAUAUGUAAUAGAUAAAAUAUUCAAAGUAUGUAUGUAUGUAUACAUAAUUAUAAAAAAAAAAUCAACAUCGACUAAAUGAAACCUUAUAAAUAUAUAUUCAAGUAAUUAAAUUAAUUUUUUACAUUAUAAUAUAUACUAUUACAGAUCGGUUUAAUGAGAAACGGGGUACUGGUAGAAGAAGGAUCGCCUCAAUUUAUCCUCGCUAAAUAUAAUACAGAUACGUUAGAAUCGGCUUUUCUAAAACUAUGCUGUAGUCAAAAUGAAAACCAUGUACGUAUACAAUACAUAGUUGGUUGUACAAUCCUAAACUGAUAUGAUCGUAAUAUUUUAUCUGUUUUAAUAACUUAUAGAUCGUCCAUAACGGCACUGUUCGGGUAAACAACGACAAUACAAUACCACAACCGAAAAAUAUAACAAAAUUAAAGAACAAAUUUAAAUUCAUUAGGGUUAAGGCUCUGAUGAAAAAAUACCUUCAUUCAUUUUCACGUGACUACGUGUAAGUAUUCAUUAGGUGUUUAUCUAUUAUUUAUAAAUUAUACGUAUUCACGAUUAGAAACGAAGGAUAAUUUCGAUAUUAUUGUGCUAUACGACACGUAUAGGUUAAUGUUCACCAUGNAGAAAAACGAUCAAAAAAUCAGCGGCGUCAUUAUGAACCGUCUACAAUCACUCGGUUACACACUGGUGAGUUGGCGAUAGAUUUGAGACGUUGUUUUAGCGACAUCACGUGACCUUUGUCGUAUUCGCAUUGACCGUUGUAAUCGCAUGGUAAAAUUCAGUAAGCAAGACUUGCCGGCAAGUUUAUACAGUCGAGCUGUAUCCGUCUUUUUUCUAGUUUGGAUUACAAUGGUCAGUUGAUUUUUCGAUGUGCUCAGCAUAAUAUAUGUAAAUGAUCGUGUGGACACGACACGACAUGGCAUGCACAACGAUGCUGAAAUACCGUUUUUAAGAAUGCAACUUGUCACCACAAGUAAAAUAUAUUUUUUAUUUUUAAACCUGAUUUUUUUUUUUUUUUAGAACGAAGUGGCGGACCGUAAAACCGGUGAAAUGAUAAUGAGCAAUAGCUCCAAGUAUAUAGCGUUCAUUCAUUUUCCAGAAAACUAUACGAGAUCGUUUACAAAAUUCAUAAAUGACCGUGAUAAUUACGAUUACCAAUCGCAGGCUUAUGUGAACUUUGCCAUGUAUAGUUAGUAAAUUAUUACUGUUCAUACCACGAUAUUCCUUGUUCUACCAAAUGUAAGUAUCUCUAAGCAAUAAAUAAUCAUGCAUUCCGUAUAAUAUACUUGCAGAUGUCCUGUUUAAAUAUAAAAUCGUUUUUGAUAUGAAAAAUACUAUGGACCGUAUAACGGAGAACAUUUUGAGUGGCUGUUCGCAUAACGCAAAAGCAGUGAAAGCGCUCGCUCUACCCUUGGUACGAACGAUGAAUUAUUUACUCAGUAUUUAGGAUUUUUUUUUUUUUUUUAUAACGAUUGGUUAGAUUAUAAUUAGUAAUUAUAGUUAAAACGUCAUAUAAGGUAACCGGGUCAAUUCAAUUAGUUUUUUUCUUCGAGUAAAUGUAAAAAUUUCAAAAUAGUGAGAUAUAUCACAUUAUCACGCUGCAUUGUCUAUCAAAUGAGCUAGUUGCGCCGGACAGUGGGCAUACGCAGACACGUGGUCGGUGACGUCACAAACAUGAACGCGACGUAAAAGCAACAAGGAGCAACAGAGUAAAAUGUGUUGCCGGGACGAAGGCAUGGAUAGCCUGUUCAACGUUCACGCACAGCACAGUGAACGGGGCGGACGACAGAAAGGAAUUUAGCACGCGACAUGACGGCCUUUAACGACGAUUGUGUGUUGCGGCCGUAUUAACGGAUGGGCGCGACGGGCGUCGGCAUCGGUAAAAUGAAAAAAAAAUCAUCGAAACAGGCACGUCGGCAGCGACAAUGAAACGACACAAGCACGAGAGCCCGAAACGGACACGUCGGCAGCGGUCGGUCGUGGCCGAGAAUCCGGUUACCGCCGGGGCGGCCACAGUGCUGGCAGGAAGCUUUGUGGAGACGGCGGGUUCGAUUUUGCGCUGAGGCGCGCGAGGCUUUAAAGAAAAAUGCAAUCCGUUCCCAACAUGCAGUAUUUUAGAUAAAGAGUGUAGUGUAGACCUAUAAUUAUAGUAUUUCGUAAUAACUAUUAAAGUAUUCGAUUAUUUGAGUUUUAUGAUCGAUGUUUUGUAGGCGGAGAUGGUGAGGUAUAUGACGGAAUUUUGACGUAACUAUGCUGCUCACGAUUGUUUUAUUAACCGUUAUCGAUAGUAAAUUAUUACGUAUACAAAAUCAUAACAACCAAAUACUAUAGUACGAUACAUAGUACUCGUAUAUUAUUAUAGUGAUAGUGAAAUUAUUAAUACUUAAUUUAAAAUUGUCUAGUUUGUCCUGUUUAAUGUAAUAAUUUAUCGCUCACAAAACAAUAAGGUUUCUUUCUUUUUUUUUCCAGGAUUUCACUGUUACAGUCGGAAAGGAUGUAACAACGUAUAUAAACUCAAUAGCUGCGGUUUUCGUAGUUAUGUAAGUAAAAUUCUUGUUCGCAUAAUAUAUUCAUUAAUUUUAUUAUUAAUUUAAUAAUAUAAUUAACCUAAAUGUUAAAAUCUAAUGAUUAACAUACUCGUCAUCAAAAACUUUAACAUCGUACGGAUAAAUGUACCUAAGCAUAGAAACUAUUUGCGUUAAUACAAAAUACCGAAAUACAAAAUAUAAUUUAUAUUUGCGAUUCCUACUCAUAAAAUUUAUUUCAAAUAAUAUUUUUAAUAUCCCGAUUGGAUUUUUUUUUUUAGGGGAGCAUUCUACUUUCCUUGUGUAUUUUCAUUGAGCAUGAUGCUCACGGAGAGAAUGGACGGAAUCCUCAUGCGAUCAAUGUUUGCAGGUGUUUGAGUAUCUAUACAAAUUAUAAUUAUUCUGUUUUAAUAAUUAACAAUAACCACUGUAUAUAAUGUUAUAAUAACAUUAUUAUAUUCUCGUUUUAGGUGUCAAAAUAGUGGAAUUAGUGAUUUCUCUAUUUGCCCUAGCCAGCAUAAUAAUUAUUAUCCAAAUGAUUCCUCCCGUAAUCAUCGCAUACGUAUGGUACCAGAAUCCGAUACAAGUGACCGACGGUCUAGUAGCGUACGAAGUUUUAAUGAUAUUCGCUGGAUGGACCGGUUUUUUUUACGGUACAUACCGAUGGAUCGUUCCUUAAACUGCAACAGCACGUAUCUUUGAUAAAAAUAAACUCAUUAUUUAUAAAUCAAGUGCUAAAACAAACGUUUUUUUUUCCAUUAUUAUUAUUUUUAUUUUUUUUUGAUUCGUGGUAACAUUGUCAAUCACGUGAAAAUGAAAUCAUUACUUCUAUCAAAUCCUGAUAUAUCAGCCCAUAACACAUGAAAACGGAGUUGCGAUAAAUGUAGUUAUUUCCUUAAAAUGCAAGAGUUUUCAUCUAAAAUAUUUUUCAUCAACCCGUAAAAUUCCAAAAACUGUUCUGUUGCAGUUUAAGUGAAUGUGUAUUAUGUAAUAAUAUUAAAAAAUAUUGUCCGUUGCACAGAGUAAUCAUUGUUAUUUUAUGAUUUCAGCUAUACAGAGUGAUUCUUUUAUUGUUUAAUUAUUUCAAAAUUAUUUAAUUUCAAUAACUGUAUUUUUGACAAUUAUUUUUGGUCACCCUUAUUUUUUUUAAGGAUAAAACGACUAUCUAUUUGUGCUUUAUAAAUGGCAACCUAUAAUAAACAUUCUAUUUAUAGAUUGAGUUUUAGUUUCAAUACAUUUUAGUGUUGAAAUGUUAAAUUUCAGUCAACCUGUUGAUGUUUUACUCUACUUUUAAAUUUCAACAUUAAAAUGAUGUUAUCUUAAUACACUAGUUAUUUAUGGAAGUUAUAAUAUGGGUCGCCAUUUAAAAAUCAAAAACAGAUGACUUCCUCGUUUCACACACACAAAAAUUAGAGUAAACAAUUGUAGUAUAAUAUUUUAGAACUGUUUAAAUUUUCAAAAAAAAAAAAAAUGUCAAUACUUUUAAAAUUAUGAUUGUAACCAUUUGAAUGUGGAACUUUAUAAAAUAAUUUCAUUUCCAAAAAACAUAAAAAGUCUAUGAAACUGCAAGUACAUAGAGUAAAUGUUUUUUACGGUAUACCAGUUAUUAUUCAAAUACCGUUUGAAAGGUAAAUCGUAUAUAUUCGCGUUAAACAAAUUGAAUCUACUACCUCCAUGAAAUAAAACAUUUUGUAUCGAUUUACACCGUUAUCAGUGUUGUCACUUUUUCAGUGAGAUACUGAUUUAUUAUAAAUUAUAAUAUCAACGAACGGUUUUCCAGCUUGUAUCGGUAUUUCGGUUUUCCGAUAUUAACCCAUAUAACGGUACACCGUUCCAUACCGAUACCUAUUCUAAUAUCGCAUUGCCGUUACACGUAUUUCAAUACCGUCAACCUUAUACGCGUAUCAGCCUAUUUCGCUAUUUUUCGUUUUAGUGUUCGAAAAAUGAUUUAUUUAUAAGAUAUAUUUAUAGAAUUUACCUAUAGAAUAUUAUAUAGUUUUGUAUUUACUUUUAUUGCAGGUUUACUCGUCGCCUGUGUGUCGCCAACCAAGUUAAUAGGCAUUAGCAUUAUAAACGGAUUUUCCUUUUCGCAAGCUUUACUAUCGGGUAAAUAAUAUUAUUAUAUUGUUAUAAUUAUUAAUUUUACGAAGACGUUUGAUUUGGGAAUAAGUAUAAUAUGGUGUACUACGCGAAAAUAGACAUUUCGGAAUGUUAAAUAAUGUGGUAAAUCGUUUUCCACUUCAAUACCAUUUAAAGGGAAUGGUUACGGCCGCUUUUAUAGACAAAUAGAACGUUUUGUAUCGAUAAGUCAUGACAAAAAUCUAUUGGAAUUACAUUUUACGAAUUCCAAUAUUAAAAGUGUAUUAUAAUAUUUAAUUCUUUUUAGGAUACGUUGAAAUUUUUAUUUUCAAUUUUGAAUUCUCUUUAUUGCUAGUAAAAGACAAAAUCCUUUAGUUUUAAAUAUUGCUCAAAAAUACAAUGAUAUAUUUACGAUUCGCAAUGUGUAAUGGUCUCGAUUUAGGGGGAGGGCACAAGGGGGAGGGCUGUACGAUAAUUUUGAUUUCUUUUUGGGAGAUAAUAAUUCCCCAAAUACAAAAAAUUCAAUGGGAUUACAAUAUUUUAAAUCAUAUUUCUUUGUCUUUAGUCAACUGAGUUACAGAUAUUUUGUGAACAACAUAACCAAAAUAAAAUAAUGAUAAGCAGAUAAAAUAAUAAAGUAAUAAAAUUAUACAAUAAAACAAGCAUUGUUUUAUAUAAAUUUAUAUAAUUAAAUUCAGAAUAAUCAUGAAUAUUAUUAACAUAAGUUUAUAGAGAAGAAUGCAGUCAUAACGGAUUAAUAAAAUGUGUAACACACCUUCUUCAAUUUAUUCCUUGAGACUAUUAUUUUGACAGCUUCGACUGCUAUUGGUGUGAAUACUUUCGACUGAUAUUUUUACUGCUAUUACUCACCAUUUUUUCCCAUUCACCAACUGAAGGAUUGAAGGUGAACAACCCCGUAAUCAGUUUUAUAAUGAAUAGUUAGGUACCUAUAGUAAACUACAAAUGAUACAUGGCCAAUGGUGUUUUAUAUCCAAUACCACGAAUGCCCCAGCAUUUACAGUCCAUACAGUGGAUAAAAUGGGAAAAAUGGAAUAAGUCGGCAGGCCAUACUUAGAUUUGUACGUGGGGCAUUAACCGGGUUCACGUGCUAUAAGCGAAGCAUGCUUGCUUACUGAUUCGUAAACGGUAACACUAAGGUGGCGCGAUCUGUAGUCACAGUGACGUACAUUAGUCACCGUCUACUAAGAGCUCUGCUGCGCGCGCUCCCUAACACAUCACAUUUUCCUAUUCUUAGUUUCUCGUAAUUUUGUCUUGGUAUAAUAAUUAAAUUUCUAUUUCUAACAUGAGACAUGACUUAGUAAAGAAUUUAUAUAAUCUUAACCAGAUUUCAAAAUCUGUGAAACACAAUUCCUACUGUUUUGUGUGGUUUUUAAGUUUAUAUCGACUUGUAUACACAAUAAUAGCCAACCAUAAUUCAUACACUCAAUAAUAAGAGGGUCCGAUGAACAUAGUAAAAGUACAAAAAUAAAUUAUUAAAAAUUAUUUUUUUUUAAACCACAAGAAACAAAGACCGUUCGCUUUCUAUUUCAAGCCCUGAUGACUUUAUAACAUCAUAAUGUGCACACGCAUACAUCUAAGAUAACAUUGUAAUUCGUUAAAUAAAGUUUCGAUUAACCCUGGUUUUCAUUUUUCCUCGUGGCAAAUCCCCGCUAUUACCCCUAAUAAUCUAGGUUCUUCUAUAUAAUUAAUUUACGGAUUUAUGUGGUUUGAAAUUAUUUUUUUCGAGGUUAUCCGAGUGCGUCCUAAUAAAAAAUGUUAUUUUUGAAACGUAUUCCAAAUGCGUCCCAGUUUAUUUAGAGUUACUCAUGUUGCACUACAAGGAAUUUUAUUGAUUAAACUCCAACAAAUUUGUUUAUUUUUAUAUCUUUUAUUGUAUUUGUAUUAUGUUUAUAUUUCUCUUACACCCAUUAAUUUAGGGUGAGUGUACUAAUUUUAUUAUACUUAACUACUUAAGUUUUACUAAAAAUGUAUUAUACUAAAUGCUGGUAUUCAAAUGCCGUUCUUACUGUAUUGGUUUAACAUGCUAUCUGACCAUGAUAUUUUUUUAAAUUUUGAAAAUAACGUCACUACUUCGAUAUUAGAAGUAAAAAAAAAUUACUGCUUUAAUUCGCUUUUCAUUCACUAGAAGACUAUAUGACUAUUAGUCGUAGUCUAGCUUAUUUACUAUGAAAAUUGAAAUAAAAUUCUGUUUUCCCACUGUUUUAAUCUUAAAUGUAAAAUAGGUACCUAUAGCUGCAGAUAAUUUAUCAUACGACUGUGAACAAACCUUAGAUCAUAUACAAUGUGUAGAGUUACGGCUGUACCUCAUGUGAAACGAAUAUGUCGCUAACACAUCAAGAGGAUAUGUAGCUACUGCGCAUGCGUGACCCUCUCCAUAAUACCAUAAUAAUUUAUAGCUAUUGGAUAUUCGGAUAUCAGAUGUAUAUUUUACAUAGAGAUAUUUCAAAAUUCUAUAAUAUUUUAUUAAGUAGAUUAUGAUAAGACUGAUAAAAGUACUUCACUCAUACGCAAAAGUAAGAUGUGCUCUUAUAGGUUGGCGAAACAUUAUAUUGCAUAUAACUCUAUCCAUUGUACAUAAUCUAAGAUUUUUCCUACUUAUCACCUUUAUUUUAUUUACUGUUUUAACAAUAAUAUUCACGAUUCUAGCUAUCGUUCUUUUGGAAUACGUAUGGCAGAUUUAAUUUAAUUUUUUUUUUGUUUUUUAUAUUUAGGCGCUGUUUGGCCAGUAGAAUCGCAGACACCUUUAUUACGAAUGGUCACCGAGUUACUUCCGAUGCGCUUAGCGGGCAACGUAAUGACUAAUAUCGCGUUGAAGGGUUGGACGUUGGAACAUCCGUCGGUUAUAAAAAAUAUUGUAGUAAUGUUUUUAUACAACGUUAUUUUAGUAUUGGUUAUAAUCGGUCUAGGAAAAUUAAAAAAAAACAUGUGGAUCUUGCAAAAAUAAAAAGAAAGUCGGUCGAAGAUAAAAACACUGUCUGUUAAAUUUUAUGUGUGUUCAGUGAAAAAAUACUGACAUUUCCUCCUUGUAAUGUUAACGAUAAGUGGAGUGUUCGAUGAGCCUAUCAUAAUCACAAUAACAUUUAUAUACGUACCUCAUAUUAGUUUAUAUUCCAUUAUUGAGCGUCGUAAACAGUAUUAUGUUUUAUCUCAAUUGAAAAACUAACUGUAUUAUGUGUAUGGUGUAUUUUUAUUUUAUUCAGAUAAACGGUAAACCAGUUAUCUGCGGUAAAUAACUAGAUUAGUUAUAUAGAUCGUUUUAAAUCAUAUAUUAAUAUAUCUAUAUUAGAAAUAAAUAAUAAUAUAUAUAAAUUACUUAAUAUUAUAUUAAUUUAUUGAAUAUUUAAUACUUGUAUAAUAAACGAUCAAGGUUACACAGCACAAUUACCAAUUCCAAACAUCUCUUAAACAAUGUUGCCACCUUAAUACGGCACAUAUUAAUUCAAAAUAUUAAUUACGCGCGUCGCUCACAUAGAGGCGCCAACGUAGCUACCGUGACGAAGUGAGAGUCGUCGGUGUGGGAGACCGCGAAAUGCUUAAAUACGCCAUACACAUCAUUACUUAAACCACUUCUCUGGGUUCGUCCAGCAGAAGUAGACAUCUUUGCUCACUCACUCCAACCAUACCUUUGUUUUCCGCACCUAUACAGUAGUUGCAGAUACCGAAAGCGGGCUGCUGUAUUUGGUUCUCCCUAUCCUAUAUGGCAUACCUGGUAAUUGUGCUUGUUGUCACUAUUGUUUUAUAAUAGAUUGUGUUUACUUCUUCAAAAAAUAUAUAUAAUAUUCCCCUGUGUACAUGUCUAUACACAUCUGGUUAAUCAGUUGCGAAUAUAGAACGGACGUGGUCGUAGUGUCGACAUCUAACUCGUUCACCAUUGUAAAACAGUUGUCUAUAUGCUUAGAAAGGGCGAUGGAGAAUAUACAAUUCUCGCUACAGUAGCAUUGUCUAUAAACCUGGUUGCCGCGUUAUGAGCCGAAGGCAAAAGAGUAUUCACACGUCUAUUGAAUUCUCAACGAGGUGUAUACAUUGUAACGAUUCAUCGAUACCUAUAUCCCUUAUAUCUUAAGCAACGAACUUCUUGCGAACUUCUUGCGAACUUCAAGCAGCAAAUAUAAGGUAAAUGUUAUCUUUACAUAUUUUCGUAGUAGAAUAUUAAUAAGAGUAAAAUAGGCAGAAGAGAAGUAUACUUUCUUACGAUAGGCAAUAACCACCGUCAAUAAAUAUAAUGAGUACGUGUUUUUAUCGACACAAUAUAGGUAUUCGUACAUAUAUUACAAUACAAUCUAAACGACCGCGCGAGCACACACACACAAAGAACCAUUUAUACACACACAAAGAACCAUUUACACACACACUAAACCAAUUUUGUCAACAUAUUACGCUACGAGACUAUUCAAGGUCUUAUCCGACCGAUUGCGCGUUGUGGCUACACUGCCGUCAAUCAUCCAGAUCGCCGGGCGUUCGCGUCAUGCGUCAUAUAUACGAAUAUAAAUAUACCUACACCUAUCACUCCCGUAUAACCCCUUACCCAUCCAUACUCUUUCCCAUACUCUACUCUACUCCCUCCUUUCCUUCUCUCUUUCUUUUUCCCUCUCUCCCUUCCACCUUCCCUCUUUUUCCAGUAAUUUUUAAAUUAAUUUUUAUUCUACUAUAAAGAUAAGAAGUUGAUGAUUAAUAACCUUUCUUCAUUGACUUUUAAAUAAAUGUUUGUAGGUAUCAAGUGUUUGUAUCUCGAGCAAAUUAACCAUAAGCAUACGCAGGGGAUAUGCAGGGUAUCCAGCUGCAUACCCCGAGGCAAGGAUUAAGGAGGGGAGUAAGGAGCUAUGUCCCCGAGGGCCUCAAAAACCAUAUUAUGAGUUAAAUCAAAUAUUUAAAAAAUAUGUACAUUCUAUGUUGUAAUUCAAUUUGAAUUUUAAGUAAAAAUUACAUUUUUAAUUAAACGAUAAGACACUUCAAUAUUUAUGUUUAUAUUUUUAUCAGAGUUUUACGAGCUUAAAAUAACAUUCAGAGGCACUAAUGGCAGCCUUCUGCAAACCCUAAAAUGCAUACCCUUAUGCAAUUAACGUGUAGUUAACCGCACUCAUAUUGACCGAACAAGAAUCGUUACUACUCUUUAUUGGUGCGUGAUCGUUAUAUGUUAAUAAUUUCAUUUAUAUUAUCAUACAAUAAACAAUCAGUAUCGAUAGAAGUACUAAUUGUCAAACGCAUGACAUAAAAAUGGUAUGAUCACAAAAAAUGAAUUCUAAAUCGGGUCUACGCAAAACGUCAAUACGCAAUACCAAUAUUAUCAAUAAUACAAAUUGAAAUGUCAUGCUAAAUACUUAAUGACAUCAGGUGCCUACUGAAUAAUGUGACUGACAAAAAGAUACGACCAUGUUGUGCAUAAUAGCAUCCGAAUAGCAUCAAAAAAUAUUAUGGCUUUUUUUAAUCCUGUGAACAACUUUUCUACCAGCAAUUUGGCUCCGAUUUACAAUGAUAGCACAUUUUCUAAACGGAAAUCUGACUAAAAGUGACGGACCGUAACACUGGCGAAAUGAUUAUUACAAAUAACUCCAAGUACAUAGCUUUUAUUAAUUUUCCGGAAAACUAUAACAAAGCGUUUAAAAAAACACAUAAAAACAGUCAGAAUUACAAUUCGCAAGUGUACAUGAACUUGGACAAAUAUAGUUAAUAAAGUAUUACUAUUCGUACAAUGAUUUUCCAUUUAUUUACAUUUUAAUUACCCAUAUAUUGACAAUCAUGAUUAAUAUAUUCGUAAUUACAGAUAUCCUGUUAAAAACUAAAAUAGUUUUCUAUAUAAAAAUACGUUGUAUCAUACAAGCGGUUGUUCGAAUAACACAAAGGCAGUAAAAGCAGUAAUUUUACCUUUGGUAUGAACGGUGGAAUAUUUAUUCAGUAUUCAGACCAUCACCUAUUUGAAUGAUUGAUUUUCAAUUUUUAUUAAAUUAAAUUUGAAAAGAUGCCCACAACACUGCUUACUGUUAUCUCUAAAUUUAACCCUUGUAGCAUCCUACAUGACUGGCACAGGGUUUUUAAUUUUUUUGGAAUGAUAUUUUUUUUUUUUGAUUCAUAAAAUGUAUACUACCUAUAUAGUUUACUUUGGUGACAUGGAUAUAAAAUUACGUAUUCGAUUUUUUUUAGUUUAACGCAUAAUCCUUAAACUAACACACACCACACAAAUCAUACAACAAUCGUAAAAAUUCUUUCAUUUUUACCGUAAUAAAUAUUAAAUAACUAUAGUUUUCAAAUACAUAAAAGUGACCAGGGCACAGAAAUACUCAUACAUAGGUACUUCACUGGUAAUAAUAAUUAUUGCAAUAAAUAGUUAGUUCAAUAUAAAAGAUGGGGCAUCCUUCAAGACAUCUCCACAAAAUGAGAGUGUGUUAUGGAUCAAAACAUGAAACACCUACUGAACUGCCAAAGCUGCCCAUCUUCCUGUUCGAAAGAAGACCUGUCUACAAAUCCAAAUUCCAUCGAAGUAGCAAGAUUUUGGUCAAGGGUAAUCUAAAACUAAAACAAUUAUACGAACUCUGACAACUAUGUUACCAUAAAGUUAUAUCCAUUCCAAAUUCUAUUUAUAUCUCUAAUUAUAUUUAUUAACCAAUUUAUGGAUUUUAUUGUAUUUUAUUAUUAUUUAUAUCUAUAUAGACUCUGAGUUUUAUAUAUUUAUUUUACUUAUUUACUUAUGAUUUAUUAUCAUUUGUUCGUAUUCAUCUAAUUGUGGUUGUAUGAAAUGAUAAAAAAAAUAUAAAAGAAUAAUUUGUAAUUUGUAAACUUCUAUUUGAAAAAAAUUAAUACUUCCCGAGAUAAUGAGUGUCUUACGACAUAUUGAUCACCCUUGCAGAUUUUUAUUUGGUUUUUUUUCGGUUUUUAUAUUUAAAUUCCAUUUAUUCGAUUGAAAAGCCACCGUUGUUACAAAUGGUAACCGAAUUUCUUCCAAUAUGCAGAUUAGACAUCAUAAUGACGAAUAUUGCGUUAAAAGGUAGGACGUUGGAUCAUCCCCUCGACGUACCUAUAAUAUUAUAUUACAAUAUAAAAAUAAUAAUGCUGGCGACGGUGACGAUCGUAUAAAACAAUAUUAUAAUAUAUUAAAAUAUUUUAUAAUUAUUAUUGGUAGCUGGGUAUGUUACAUUGCGAUUAAGGAUGAUAUGAAGACAGCCUAUGUAUGAUAGUUGUAUAAUAGACCCAGAUAUCUUGUCAAGUGGAAGCUAAAAACGAGGGUAACCGACCCCAGAUAGUUGAGAUGAAAGCGAAGGAAAAGAAGAAGGAUCAUUCAUAUUAAAAAUUUGAUUUCUAAUAUUAUUUAACAUUAGAAAUGUUCCUCUUUUUGAAAAGGCUUAGUAUUAAGGGUUCAAAUUUGUAUAAUCUCCUAAAAUAAUUGUGUCUAAUAUAUGUUUCAAUUUUUAAAGCUCAUUUUAAGCACAAGCUGCAUUGAUACGAGGGUUAGAAGAACUGGGUGAAUUGGUUCGUGUAAAUAUACACUGGCAUUGUUGGUACUUAACCGUGAUACUGUUGUACGCUCAGACAUGUAUAAAAAAAAAGCAUGGAGAAGGAUUUUUUCUCAAAUCCAACCUCAUAAAUAGGCCACUGAGUGGAAGGCUUAGAAUACGUCAUUACCGACCAUUGCCAAUUUCGGCAACAUAUCUCACUGCAUAAAUAAGGUUUGAUGAUUGAAGCUUAGUAGUAUAGAUUUGUCCCUUCAACAGUAGAAGGAAUAUGAUAGUAGACUAUAGAAAUAUCUUUUUCCAAAGACUGCAGAUUAUUUAAAUAUUUACUUAGGAACAUAAUAUGUUGAUGUGCAUUUACUAUUUAAAACCCAUUUUAUAUUUUUGUGUGGGUUCGGAUGAUGUACAAAUUUGUCUACUGUUUUUCAUAAUUUGUACAAUUAAAAUGAAAAUUAUUGGCAUAGGAUUAAGUCAUCUUGAUAAUUAUUGUGAAAUGCAAGUGCUGGAGUAAUAUUAAACCUGCAUCCCACAACUGUUACGCAUUUUUCUGAAGUUUCAGAUGGUGUACAAAUUUUGAAAUUGUGAUUACUAAUUUGUACAGUUAAAAUGAAAUCUAUAUGAAAAGGUCUUAAGUGAAUUUAAUGAAAUGCGGAUGCCAGUGUAACACACCUAUUACCAAAAAAUUACCAGACCGUUGUCAAGCCAUAGUAGAUAUCUCUAAAUUUAGAUUAUAGUAAUAAUAUUAUCAUAUAUCGCCAUUAAGAUAUUUAAAUAUUAAUCUGUGUACACCACUCACAAAAAAAAAAAAAAAUAUCUAUAAAAAUAUUCACAUGGAACUAAUAAAUAUGAAAAAAACAAAUAAUAAUAAUAAUAUUUAUAACUUGAUAUAACCUAUUGUAGUAAUACAACAAAAAGGAAAAAUAAAAAGAGGGACAAAUAAGAGGUGUUAAAAGAAGCUUUAACGGGGGAAAAAAUAAAGAGAGUCAUGGUUAGAGGGAUAGUAGUAGACUUAGGACACUAAGUUUAGUGAUAGAAGACAAAUAUAUUUGAAAUUAUAGAAUAAUUACGUAGAAAUACCUACAAAGAAUAAAAUAUAGAGGAGUAAUUAAAAAAAUGUGCCUAUAUAGUGUGAAAUAAUCGAUCUAGGUUUUGGUACUACAAAGAAUGAUUUAUCUUUAAUCAUAAUAAAAGUUCAGCCUACUAGUUAUAUUACUACCUUCCUUCCUAUGUUUGAAAGGGGUUCUGAGUCGUGAAUCCGAUAAUGGUGACGAUAUCAAUAACUAAAGAAAAAUAUAAUUAUAUUACCAGCCCACGUUGUUGGAACGCUAGGGUAUAUACUUAUGGAUAACCUCACGUGAACUUGGAGUCGUUGGAUGGCAAUCACAAUUUAUUUAAGAUAAACUAAUUUAAUUAAUUAAUACUUAACACCUGUGUGCACUCGGAUAAAAAAUGCUAAUUUUUAAAUUAGGAAAAUAAAAGGUUGCGAAAGAAGUUGAUGGAGCGUAGUUGUUGCUGAGUGCAGGAUUCUCGACAGAGUGUUCGUCUUGGGGAUUCUCGAGGGAUCAAGGCGCUUCAUUUUCAAUUAGAAGAAACCGUUAAAUUGUAUGUGUUUAAAUGUUCUAAAUGAAGGUAAUGGAUUGGAUAUUGAUUCUUCUCGAAUGAUAGAAAACCACUGGAAUUUGUAUGCUUAAAAAGACGGAAUAGAUGGAAAUCGCGUCAAUGUCGAUAUAAAAUAAUUAAUAAUCGAAUUAUGAAAAUAAGACAAUAUACAAUAGUAUGACUGAGGCGGCAGUGUCCUCAAAGGGCCGCAGCAGAUGGCAUGCAGUUCUAUUAUAUUUGACACAUAUUUAAAUUAUUUUAGCUUGUAUCCCUCUCAAAUAGCGAACGAUCCGUUAGAUUUAUUAAAUUAUUUACCUUUUGCAAAAUACCAAGCACUCGGCCAUAUUUGAAUCUUUUAAUUACAUUUUUGUACUGAUAUAAAUAAUAAAUAAUUAUACAGUUAUAAUAUAAUGUCAUGUGAGCAUAACAUUAGCACUAUCGUAGCUAAAUCUAAUUAUAGUGCGUACGUUCAUUAAAUUAAUACAAAAUUAAGAGUAACUUUUUAUGGUUCAGAUUAUUGUUCAUUAUACGGAAUUCUUACAUUAAUUAUAAAAUAACAAUCAUUUUAUAUCGUGAAAUAAAAAGUAUCAAGGCAAUCUAGUUUAAAUACAUUAUAAAAUCAAAUAUUAUAAUUGUUUAAAAGAAAAUCGUAUUCACAAUAAUGUAAGUACCUAUUCGUCCAGUAUCAUCGAAUGUUUAUUCUUUAACGCGUUAAACAAAUUCUCAUUUAUUUUAAUCUUCAAUCGUUAAAUACAAUAUUAAUCAGUAGACAAAUUUAAAUUUUCAAAACUAUAAUGUUCGUCGAACAACUUAAUAAUAUUGUGAAUUAUGACGUUCAAGUGACAAAUGUGUACAAGAGUUAUGAAACGAACAAUAUGAUACUCAACGGGUUUAACAUGAAAGUGGCAGCCGGAUCUAUGUAAGAACCCGAUUUUAAUUUCAUGAUAUUAUUAUAGUUGAUUCCAAUCAAUUUAAAAUUUAAAAUGUAGUGUAAGAAUAUUUUAUUGGAGUUCCCAUACACGUAUUAUACGUUGGGAAAUGUAAAAGUCAGUUAUACUCCAGUGAAUUUAAAACUACAAUUUUAAAAAUGAAAGAAACUGUAAUCGCAGAAUUUGGAAAUCGUUACGUGGAUUUGCCUUUUAAUAAUAAAUCCAGUGUCGUGUAGAACUAUAUUUACUUAAGGUGCCAAGAUAUUUAUAUGCCACCGACCCCGUUCAUUUUAUUUGAAUAAAUUCAAUUAUUAGUAUACACUUAUCAAAACGUAACUAUAUCUAUACAGUGUAAAUAAUAAUAUACGUAUAUUAUAGCGAAUUAAAAUGUCUUUAUUUAUUAACUCUUUAUAUAAUUUUAUAAUACUUGAUUAUUUUACAAGUCUUACUACAGUGAAAUCAUUACACAAUAAUAAAAACUUUUUUUUAUUUGUCUUGUCUUACUCAUCCACCAACCAAUUCAAAUUAGGUUUACGGUUUCCCACGGGCAUUUAAAAUACACUGAUACAUUGAUAGACGAGUAUUUAAGACUAUAGUACACGGAUAUUAAACCACGUAUUUAUAUAAUAACAAUUUUUAAAUUAAAUAUUGUAAUAUAAAAUGUAAGCGAAUAUGCAUGUGCAAAUUUUCAUAAAAUUCGAGCUAAUUAUAGAUAUUUUAAUUUUUCGAGUUUUAUACGUAAUUUUUAUUCGGUAGGUACAAUUCGGUCUGUGGUAAAAUUGUUAGACUUAACAGAAAUGCUUAAAAAUUUAACAGAAGGUUCAUUAAGUCUUCCUUUGUGCUAAAAAAAAAAAAAUAGUUUAAUGUAGUAUUUCUUUUUAUAAAGGAAUUUUAAUAUUACAUUUUGACGAAAAUUGUUAAAAAUUAAAAAAGUAAAAAAUUAUGCGGAACAAAUAUAAUUUUUCAAUUUUUUUUUUUCGAACAUAUGUAUAUUGCCAAUUUAAAAAGGAUGGUGAAGUCAGAAUUGAGCGGACUGACUAAGUUUCGAAAUUAUAGCUUUUUGAAGUUCAAAUGUUUAGCAGAUAUUACAUAUUUAUGGAAAAAACAAAUGCAUUUUAAGUGUACCUAGGGACCAAACUAUCGCUCGCUCAGACCGUUUUAAAUCGAAAAAUACCCCUAGAUUUAUUGUGCAAACUUUUCUACCAGAAAUCUUGCGCCCAUGUAUUAAGUGCAACUUUUUUUUUGAAAGAAAAUUUUGUCUUCAUGAUUUAAGGAAGUCAUUUUUGUGAUUUUUCAAUCGGUUUUCAUAAAAACUGGGAAAAACCAGGAUAAAAUGUCGGAAAUUGGAAAGUGUACAAAAUGUAGGUAUUAGUAAAAAAAAUAUUAUGGUCUUUUUUUUAUCUGUGUACAACUUUUCUACCACCAAUUUCGCUCCGAUUUAUAAGGAUAGUAAUUUUUCUAAAAGUAAAUCUGAAUGGGAAGGUACUUUGGGAAGUCACUUUUCAAUAUGUGAUAAUACGGGAAAAAAUAUGAGAAAAUCGAGAAAAACGCAGGAAAAACAGGAAAAUCGAUACAAUAAUAAACAAAUAUUAUUAAAGAAAAUAUAUAAUGCCUAUUUAAUUAUUUUACCAUAAUAUGACAUAUAGAUAUAUUGUUGACAAAGAAUCACUAUAAACUGAACUGCGCUCAGAAUCGUUUUUUUCGUUAGCAAUGAUUGAUCGUUGUUUACGAAUAUAUAUUUAAUUACCUAUAAUAGUGGCUGCACCCGUCUUCAUUAUCCUAGCACGUCUUUUUUUUUAUUUUGACCACAAAGUAAGACAUUUAAGAAACUUCCAGUUAAAUUUUCAAGUAUUUGUGUUUAGUCUAACAAUUUUGUUCACAGAGUACCUACCAAAUAAAAAUUACGUAAAACACUCACUAAGUUAUUCGUUUUUUGAUUUUCUCUGUGGUUUUAUUAAUAAAUUAAAUAAAUUAGGAAAAGCCAAACAAUUACGUAAAAUGAAAACUGACAAAUUUACGACGUGAAUAUUCUAUUAUUUUAAUUUGUAGGGCAUAUAUUUCCUACCAUAAAUAUUACUACUACAUAGUUUGUAUACAUUUUAGUAUUUUACGUAUACGGCAACUAAACACAAAACUAGAUUAAGAUCUACGAUUAUUGAUGUUUUAACAUCAACAAAUUUACUUUAAAACUCGGUAGAUGGCUUUACUGACUGUAUUGCUAAGAAAAUGUUACUCAUGUGCCACGGCUUUCUAACACUAAUUCCCUUAUCCUAGUUCUUGGUAGUUAUAUAUUUCAACUACUGCUCGUAGUUGAAUGUUUAAGUGUUAAUUUACAGGUCCAUUUUCCAGCCCCUUUUUUUGAAUUUCUAAUUAAGACCAAUUCUAAUCGUUUUUACCUUGUUCGUGCCUGAUUUUACCACAAGCCCGUCGUUUCUAUCUCAACGCUUCUCGAACUAGCGCUUUUAAAAAAAUUGAAGAGCUAGAAAAAUUCUAAUCUCUCUUUUUUCGAAUAUGAUAUGAUACCUGUGCCAUUUGUUUGUACCUCAUAUGUACAUGAUAUUAUAUUAUUCUCUUUUUUGUAUAUUGAUAGGAAAAUAUUUUUGUAACUUGAAGUUCACAAAGUUCAAACGAAAUACAAAAACAUGACACAAGUUUCAUAAAUCAAAAAAAAGGGAAGCUAGCAUUUCCCUGGCCCCUCAAUUUUUUAAAAAACGCUUGUUAGAGAAGCGUUUAGGUACAAACGAUGGGAUUUGUUAUUUAAUCAGGAACAAAUAAUUAACACUAGUUUAGAAAAAGGAAUUUCACAAUAGUAUUUUAAUAAUCGUUUUAACAAUUUUUAUAAAAUAAACGCAUUAGCUUAAGGCAGUAGCGCACUGACCCUGUUACAGCCGGCCACUGCAUACCAUAUUUUUCUGAGUAGAUGUACCUAUAAUAUUAUAUGUUAACACAAUAAUAAUAAUAUCGACGGUGAUAAUCGUGUAAAACAAUAUUGUAAAAUAUUCAAAUAUUUCAUUAUUAUUAUGGCAUAAAAGACACAAGUGUUAUAAAUAUACAUGUUUUUUUUUCCAAUAGCUAUGGACUUUUGGGACCGAGUGGUUGCGGUAAAUCGACACUUUUUCAAUGUAUUUUGGGAACAUUACCGUUGGACUCCGGGAAUAUCGAAUUGAACGCACAAAGUUUAAAUGACAUUGGAUACAUGCCACAAGUAUUCACUUAAAAUAUCAAACGAAAUAAAUAUUAUUAAUUAUCAUUACUUCUAUACGAUAUACUUUUUAAGGAUUUAUGUAUUGACACUAAUUUGACCAUAAAGGAAACUUUUGAGUUCUACGGAAAAAUUUAUUCAAUGCGCCAGAUACAUAUAACGAAAAGGAUAGAUGAACUUACGGAAGUUCUGAAAUUACCGGAUUUGAAUAGUCUCAUUAACAAGUUAAGGUAUAUAUUAUUAAAAUUUAAUAAACGAACAAUAAUAAUCAUAAAUUCCAAUCAGUGUUCUAAGAUUAAAAUGUGAACGUUUACCAUACUUUGGCUUCUGUAAAAUGGUCUGAUAAAAAAUUAAAUAUGACUAUUCGAUAAACGAGAAUUAUCGACAUAAUUCUCAAUUGCUAUUUAUUCAACAAUANUUUUGUAAUAUUAUAUUAUGUCCAACAUUGUUAAAUAUUAGAAUUUGGAAGGCGUUUUCGAAUAUGGUCGCACAACAAAAAAAAACGAUCAUUAUAACAACGCAUUAUAUCGAGGAAGCAAGUGAAGCCGACUGCGUGAGUACCUACUUAUAAUUUACAAUUCAAUGUAAACAAGCACAUCGUCGUAAACCAUUUUAAGGUCAGAAUUAUACAGCAACGAUGCAUGGCAAAUUUUCAUUUAAUAGGGAUAACUCGUAUGUGCUGUUAAUUUUCAUAAAAAAGCUAAUUGAUUCAUCAUCAAAAUUAAAGAUAAGAAAAUUAUCAAUGUCACACCCGUUGUUUCUUUUCUGUUGAUUUUUAAACGCGGUACAAUAAUCAAUAAUUCACACAGUCAUAUCUCGCUUAAACUUUACAAUUAUGAAUAUAGCUAAACAAUACGAUAUGAUACAAAUUAUUUUCUUAUUUUCUUUAUAAUAUUUGAUAUCUUAAAUAGUUUUCAUAAUAAUCGAGAAAACCGAAAAGACUAAGAAUGUUUAGUCCGAAUUCCAUAUUUAUAGUAUAUUUUCUGAAAGACUUGGGUUUUUUUCUUGUUGUUCGGUUCAAAUUAACUGUAUGGACUUAUAGUUUUCAAUAAAUACUUUUAUUGACCCUUUGUAGACUUGUUAACAUUUUCAAAACAUUUAAACUACUUUUAGGCUAUUUACAGAUCAAUUAUAUUGUAAAUUUUACAAUUUUUUUUUUAUUUGGUAGGUAUCGGUUAAUAAAAUUAUAUGACUUAAGAGAAAUGUUUAAUAAUUGAACACAAGGUAUACUUUAUAAUACUUAGUGGUUUAAAAAAAAACAUGUUUGAGUUUAAUCUAUAUUUAAUUACCUAUAUCUUAUUGACCAUAUAUUAUGUUGUGGAUAAAACACUUAAGGUGUAUAUAUAUAAAUAAAUUACUAGCUGUCCCGUGCCCGGCGUUGCCCCAGCCAAUUAUUAUUAUUAUUAUUUUACUCAUAUUAAUUUUUAGUUUCGGCCGUGUCAAAAUUAAAUGAAAACAAAUAGGUGGGGGAAGUUGAUAGUCCUCUUUCGGCGGACUAAAUGUGUUCUUUGUGGAAUUUUAGUGCAAAAUAUAGUAAUAAUAAUAAUAAUAAUUAUUAUUAUUACAAAAGUUUCUUUUCCUUAACACCAAGGUAACCUUUGAAUAAACAAAAAUAAAUUAGAUAUUCGUACCAAAUAUUCUUAAAAACCCCUAUUUAAUCCCCUUUAGAGGUUUAUUUUUCAAAAUUUUUUUCUUAAUGCACGAUAAAAGUAUUAGAGGAACCACUAUUCUAAAUGUCAAAUGAGUACAAUGAGUAGUUUUUGAGAUACAGCAAUCAGUGAGUCAGUGGUAUUCGGAUUUUAUAUACAUUGAUUACAGAAUAAAACGACGUUGGCUGAAUGCAAUCUUAUAAAUAAGUAUACAGGACAUCAAAUUGAUUUUUACAUGUAUUAUAUACUAUUACAGAUCGGUUUAAUGAGAAACGGGGUACUGGUAGAAGAAGGAUCGCCUCAAUUUAUCCUCGCUAAAUAUAAUACAGAUACGUUAGAAUCGGCUUUUCUAAAACUAUGCUGUAAUCAAAAUGAAAACCAUGUACGUAUACAAUACAUAGUUGGUUGUACAAUCCUAAACUGAUAUGAUCGUAAUAUUUUAUCUGUUUUAAUAACUUAUAGAUCGUCCAUAACGGCACUGUUCGGGUAAACAACGACAAAACAAUACCACAACCGAAAAAUAUAACAAAAUUAAAGAACAAAUUUAAAUUCAUUAGGGUUAAGGCUCUGAUGAAAAAAUACCUUCAUUCAUUUUCACGUGACUACGUGUAAGUAUUCAUUAGGUUUUUAUCUAUUAUUUAUAAAUUAUACGUAUUCACGAUUAGAAACGAAGGAUAAUUUCGAUAUUAUUGUGCUAUACGACACGUAUAGGUUAAUGUUCACCAUGUUCAUCCUGCCCAUCCUACAAGCGUUGAUAAUUUNAACGAUCAAAAAAUCAGCGGCGUCAUUAUGAACCGUCUACAAUCACUCGGUUACACACUGGUGAGUUGGCGAUAGAUUUGAAACGUUGUUUUAGCGACAUCACGUGACCUUUGUCGUAUUCGCAUUGACCGUUGUAAUCGCAUGGUAAAAUUCAGUAAGCAAGACUUGCCGGCAAGUUUAUACAGUCGAGCUGUAUCCGUCUUUUUUCUAGUUUGGAUUACAAUGGUCAGUUGAUUUUUCGAUGUGCUCAGCAUAAUAUAUGUAAAUGAUCGUGUGGACACGACACGACAUGGCAUGCACAACGAUGCUGAAAUACCGUUUUUAAGAAUGCAACUUGUCACCACAAGUAAAAUAUAUUUUUUAUUUUUAAACCUGAUUUUUUUUUUUUUUAGGACGAAGUGGCGGACCGUAACACCGGUGAAAUGAUAAUGAGCAAUAGCUCCAAGUAUAUAGCGUUCAUUCAUUUUCCAGAAAACUAUACGAGAUCGUUUACAAAAUUCAUAAAUGACCGUGAUAAUUACGAUUACCAAUCGCAGGCUUAUGUGAAUUACGACACGUAUAGUUAGUAAAUUAUUACUUUUCGUACCACGGUAUUUUUCGUUUGACUAAUUUUAAGUGUCUAUAAACAAUUAUUAAUAAUCAUACAAUCCGUAUAAUAUAAUUUCAGAUGUCGUGUAUAAAUAUAAAAUCAUUUUCGAUUUACGAAAUACCCUGGUUCACAUAACGGAGGACAUUUUGAACGGCUGUUCAUAUAACACAAAAGCGCUCUCUCCGCCUAUGGUACGGAUGAUGAAAUAUUUAUUCAGUAUUUUAGGAUUUUUUUUUUUUUUUAUAACAAUUGGUUAGAUUAUAACUAGUAGUUUAAUUUUUUUUCAUAUUGCGAGAUAUAGCAUAAUAUUAUCAUACUGUAUUGAGUAUCAAAAAUGUAGUUAAAAGUGAAAAAGAAAGAAAAAAACAAAUUCACUGUUUAUUUAUACUCUAUUGUCAAAUUUUCCUCUAAAAUAGAAUUGAUGCCACUAAUGCAAAUGCAAACGACUCACUAUAUUCGUUAUAGGUACUUAAAAUAAGUUUACAUAAGUACUACUUAUACAAAAUAUGUUAAAAACGGGGAAAACGUAGGAAAAACGAGAAAAUCUGUUCAUAAAACAAACAUUAUUUAAGAAAAUAUAUAAUGCCUAUAUACUUGUAAUAUGACAUAAAUUGUUGACAAAACAUCACUAUCAACUGAACUCUGCUCAAAAACGUGUUUUCAUUAGCAGUGGUUUAUUGUUGCUUACAGCUUGGUAUACAAAUACUGCACCCGUCUCAAUUAUUAUCCUAGGGCGUCUUUUUUGUUUUUGCAGUAAUAUGGUUAUAGAGUGCAAUAUUAUAGUAUUAUAGUAUUUCGUUAAUAUUAUUAUAGUAUUUGUGUUUUAUGAACAAUGUUUGUAUAGAGUAGGGAGGGAGGAAAUUGGCUGAAUUUUAACGGAACUCUGCUGCUCAAGAAUGUUUUUUUAAUUGGUAUCGUUAUUAAAUUAUGAUGUAAAAUAAAUCAAGACAACUAUAUAUUAUAUAUACAUAAAAUUAAUCAUAAUAAAAUGAUUGGUUGGUAUUUAAUUUAAAAUUAUUCGUUUUGUUUUAUAUACUGUAAUAAUUUAUCACUUAUAAAACUGUACGUUUUCUUUUCAUUUAUUUUUUAUUUUUUUUUAGGAUUUCUCUAUAACAGAUGGAAAGGAUGUAAAAUCGCAUACAAACUCAAUAGCUGCAUUUUUCGUAGUAAUGUAAGGACGAUUCUUACUCGUAUAAUAUAGUCAUUAAUAUUAUUAUUAAUUUAAUAAUAUAAUUAGCAUAUAAGUUAAAAUCUAAUUAUUAGCAUAAUCAUCGUCAAAAAAUUUAACAUCAUACAGAUAAAUAUACGCAUAGAAACUAUUUUCAUUACAAAAAUACUAUAAUAUAAUAAUUUAUAUUUGCGAUACCUACAUAUAAAAUUUAUUUCAAAUAAUAUUAUUAGUAUUCCGGUGGGAUUUUUUUUAUGGUUUUUUUGUUUUUUAAGGGGAGCAUUUUAUUUUCCUUUUCCCACUUACCAGAGGACUUGCUCCUAUUUUUAUGUGUAGCACAUUUUCUGAAAUUAAAUCGGUGUGGGUAAGUACUUGAAAGUCAUUUUUCAAUUUUCUUCGGAGUUUUCUCAGAAAAUGUGAAAAACUGGCGAAAUCGGUACAACAUUAAAGAAAUAUUAUUAAAGAAAAUGUAGAAAAUAGAGCCUAUUUAAUUAUUUUGCAAUAAUAUGGCAUAUAUAUUGUUUACAAAGCAACAUUAUCAACUGAACUUCGCUCAGAAUUGUUUUUUCGUAAGCAAUGUUUUAUCGUUGCUUACAGGUAUACAUAAAAUUACCUAUAACAGUGGCUGCACCCGUCCUCAUUAUCCUAAGAUGUCUUUUCAAUACUCCGAUUGGGCUUUUUUUUUUAGGGGAUCAUACUACUUUCCUUGUGUAUUUUCAUUGAGCAUCAUAAUCACGGAGAGAAUGGACGGAAUCCUCAUGCGAUCAAUGUUUGCAGGUGUUUGAGUAUCUAUAUUAAUUAUAAUUAUUCUGUUUUUAAAUUAAUAAUAAUCAUUAUAUUAUGUAAUAAUAACAUUAUUAUAUUCUUAAUUUAGGUGUCAAAAUAGUGGAAUUGGUGAUUUCUCUAUUUGCCUUAGCCAGCAUAAUAGUUAUUAUCCAAAUGAUUAUUCCCGUAAUCAUCGCAUACGUAUGGUACCAGAAUCCGAUACAAGUGACCAACGGUCUAGUAGCGUACGAAGUUUUAAUGAUAUUCGCUGGAUGGACCGGUUUUUUUUACGGUACAUACCGAUGGAUCGUCCCUUAAACUGCAACAGCACGUAUCUUUGAUAAAAAUAAACUCAUUAUUUAUAAAUCAAGUGCUAAAACAAACGUUUUUUUUUCCAUUAUUAUUUUUUUUUUCUUUUGAUUCGUGAUAACAUUGUCAAUCAUGUGAAAAUGAAAUCAUCACUUUUAUCAAAUCCUGAUAUAUCAGCCCAUAACACAUGAAAACAGAGUUGCAAUAAGUGUAGUCGUUUUCUUAAAAUGUUGAAAUAUGGUAAAUUCUGCCAUCUGAAAUAUUUUUCGUCGUCCGUAAAAUUCCAAAAACUGAGAUACGUCCUGUUGCACUUUAUGCGACUGUGUAUUAUGUAAUAAUAUUAAAAAUUACUGUCUGGUGCACAGAGUAAUCAUUGUUAUUUUAUAAUUUUAACUAUACAUUCAACUAUUCUUUUAUCAUUCAAUUACUUCAAAAUGAUUUUAUUUAUUUCAAUAACUAUAUUUUUGACAAUUUAAGAAACAAGCGGCUAUACAAUGUUACAUUCCAUUAUUUUUGGUCACCCUUAUUUUUUAAAGGUGAAAUGGCUUCUUAUUAAAUUUUUUUUUUAAUGUCAACCUGAAUUGAAAAUGUCCAUAUACAAGCUGCGUUUUAGAUUCAACACACCUUUAUGAUGAAAUGUUUAAUUUCCAUCAAACCAUUGACAAUUUGUUCUACUGUUAAAUUUCAACACUAAAACAAUGCAAGCCUUAUAUUUUAUUUAUUUAUAGAAAUUAUAAUAUAGGUUGCCGUUUAUAAAUCAAAAACAUGUAUUCGCUUCACACCCAAAAAUUAGAGUGAAUAAAAUACUUGUAAUUUAAUAUUUUAGACCUGUUUUAAUUGUCAAAAAUAAUGUUUUUGAUAAAUUUUUUUUCAAAACUAUGAUUGUAAAUUUUAAUCACUUGAAUGUAGAAUUUUAUAAAAUAAUAGAUUUUAAAAAUAUUUAAAAAAUUCCGUUUAACUACAAGUAUAUAGGGUAAACUAUUUAUACGAUAUACCGAUUAUUACUCAAAUACUGCUUGAACGGUAUAGCCGAAUACUGGUACAUACUGGUAACCCGCAAUACCAAUGUACGACAGUAAAUUUAUUAGUAGCUAAUGCAUAUAGUGUCAAAUGCCGCUUGAAGGGUAAACCGUGUUGAAAACAUUGAAUCUACCACCAACAUGAAAUAAAACAUUUUGUAUCGAUUUUACACCGUUAUCAGUGUUGUCACUUAUUCAGUGAAAUAAUUUAAAUUAUUAUAUCGUCAAACGGUAUUCCGGUGUUUAUCGGUAUUUCGGUUAUUCGGUAUUGACCAGAAUUACGUUAUACCGUUUCAUAUACCAGUACUUAUAAUAUCGCAAUACCGGUAUCCGUAUUUCAAUACCGUCAACCAUUAAUGUAAAUCGGUCUAUUUUGCAUUAAUGUUUUAGCAUUCAAAACAUGAUGUAUCUAAUAGAGAUCGUAAUAAAAUAAGUGUUUUAUUGCACACGUGUACACGGAUAUUUACAAUGUGUUGCAUAUUAACGUAUUUCACGUCACACGUGGAUUCCGUAAUUUAUGUUCACGUGACAUGAUGCAUUUUGUGACCACACCACGUAAAUUCACAAAUUACAUGAAUUCCUUGAUUUAUAUUCACGUGAUCAUUAAGUUUCAUUAUUUUCGAUUUUAUUUUUUUACAAGAAAUUUUGCUCCAACCAAAAGAUGCAAAAAGAGCAUUUUCGUAGUAUUCUAAAUCUAGUUGAUGCAUUGAGCAAGUCAAUACGCCAUAAUAAUCAUUAUGUGUACAGACAUUUUAUAUAAUAUGGGAUUAUAUAAUGUAUCCAGUACCACCGUGUCGUGUGUCUUGUAAUUUUUUGAUCGGAGUAAAAUUUCUUAGUAGAAAAAUAAAAUCGAAACUUCAAAAAUCAAAAGAUGACUUUAUGAGUCACUAUAUAUAAUAUGCAACAAAAAAGAGAAAAAUUUCAAAUAUGUUCAAUUGAUUAUUUUAUAGUUUAUAUUCACGUGUUGUUUAUCUUUUCACGUUUUUACAUUUGCGAAUUUACGUGAAUUCCGGAUUGUACGGUCUCUAGCACGAGAUUUUUAAUUUUACGUGUACACAUGUUAUAAGUGGCACUAAUAUUUAAUAUAUUAUUUAUAUUUUAUAGUUAUAUCGAUACUUUUAUUACAGGUAUACUCGUCGCCUGUAUUUCGCCAAACAGGUUAACAGGCGAUACCCUUACAAACGGAGUUUUCUUUAUACAGACUCUACUAUCGGGUAGGUACAUAAUAUUAUUAUAUUGUUAUAAUUGGUAUAAUUAUACUAUGUUAUACGCAAAAAUAGAAGUUUGGAAUGUAAAAAAAUGUGAUAAAACGUUUUUACAUUUUAAUGGCAACCUUAAUGAUAAUACUUUUGCAUUGAUAAACUGCUGAUGCCAUUUAAUGGGAAUGGAAACGAUACUUUAUUCUUUUUAGAAAUUAUUGGACAUAGGUAGUAUACAUUAAUUCUAAUUUUCCUUAGCAGCAAUAAUACGAUAUAUACACCUAGAAGUUUUUCCUACUCGUCACCUUUAUUUUAUUUUCUGUUUUAACACUAAUAUUCACGAUUCUAGCUGUCGUUCUUUUGGAAAAGUAUGGCAGAUUUAAUUUAAUUUGUUUUUUUGUUUUUUUAUAUUUAGGCGCUGUUUGGCCAAUAGAAUCACAGCCACCGUUAUUACGAAUGGUCACCGAGUUACUUCCGAUGCGCUUAGCGGGCAACGUAAUGACUAAUAUCGCGUUGAAGGGUUGGACGUUGGAACAUCCGUCGGUCAUAAAAAAUAUUGUAGUAAUGUUUUCAUACAGCGUUAUUUUAGUAUUGGUUAUAAUCGGUCUAGGAAAAUUUAAAAAAAACAUGUGGAUCAUGCAAAAAUAA